CAGCAAAGGGGCUGUGAUCAGGAGCUGAAGAGAGAGACAGCCUUGUUCCUGACCAUUCCACAAUCUCUCCGAAUUUUCCAUCUGUAAGGAGUGAGGAAUUGCAGGCUGCAGCUAUACAGACAUGGGGGCUUCCCAGGAUAUGUCAGGAGAUUCUGGGAAAGUCUACCUGAGGAAGAAGAUAACUCUGACCCGAGCCAUCGCCUUAACAAUCGGUACCAUCAUUGGUAGUGGUAUCUUUAUAUCUCCUAAAGGGGUCCUGAAAAACUCUGGCAAUGUGGGGCUGUCACUGAUCAUCUGGUUGGCUUGUGGGAUCCUCUCCAUGUGCGGCGCCCUGUCUUAUGCUGACCUUGGCACAUCUAUAAAGAAAUCCGGUGGGCACUACAUCUACUUGCUGGAGACUCUGGGGCCCAUCCCUGCCUUCUUGAGGCUGUGGGCUGAAUUUGUUAUGAUACGGCCAGCAAAUAUCGCUGUGGUCUGUCUGGCGUUUGGACGGUACAUAAUAGAACCGCUGUUUGCACCAUGUCAUGCCCCAGCCAUGGUUGUGAAAAUCAUCAGCGCCAUUGGCAUUGCAGUCAUCAUCGCACUGAACUGUUGGAGCGUGAGCUGGUCAGCAAAUCUUCAGACUAUAUUCACCGUACUGAAGUUAGUGGCUAUUGGACUUAUCAUAGUGCCUGGAAUGAUGGCAUUAGCCGCUGGACACACAGAGAACUUCCAGGAUGCGUUUGAUACCUCCAACCUAGCUCUGGAUAAAAUACCCCUGGCCUUUUAUUCGGGGAUGUUUGCAUUUGGAGGCUGGUUUUAUGUUACUUUUGUUACUGAAGAGAUAGUGAACCCAGAAAGGAAUAUCCCCAUAACUGUGAUUGUGUCACUGAUCAUUGUCACCAUCUGCUACCUGCUCACCAAUGUGGCGUACUACACUGUCCUCACAACCAAUGAAGUGCUGGCUUCUGAAGCCGUUGCCAUGACCUUUACUGACCACACCCUGAGUCAAGUCUCCUGGUUGAUCUCCAUACUGGUGGCGAUGUCAUGCUUUGGAGCUCUGAAUGGGGGAAUCUUUGCCGCUUCUAGGAUGCUGUUUGCUGCUUCCAGAGAAGGUCAGUGGCCAUCUCUGUUCUCCAUGAUCCAUAUUAGAAGGCACACACCACUUCCUGCCUUGGUAUUAAUGAUGCCUUUGGUCUUCGUAAUGAUUGGAAUUGGUGACCUUUAUGGACUGUUGAACUUUUAUAGCUUUUCUCGAUGGCUUUUCAUGGGAUUAGUAACGCUCGGUCUGAUUAUCCAUCGCCGAAAACACCCUGACUUGCCCCGACCAUUUAAGGUUCCCUUGAUCUUUCCUAUUGUGUUUACUACAAUGAGCCUGUUUAUUGUGUCAAUGUCCCUGUACUCAGAUCCAGUGAAUACAGGCAUUGGCUGUCUUAUCACUCUGAGUGGUUUACCUGUUUAUUAUUUAACGGUCCACAAGCAAAGAGUGCCCCAGCGGUGGAGAGAUGUCUUCAAUUUACUAACGAUGAAACUACAAAUACUGAUGGAAGUUAUCCCUCAGGAAGUUAAGACAUACUAGACAGGAAAACCCAGUUGGCAACAGCCCCAGGACAUGGCAGAUGCAGUCUGACACGCAUAACUCGUAUAUAUAGAAAGAUGGAAUAUGCAGACUUAAAACUGAAUUUGUUGUCAGGUAUAUUAAAUAAUAAUUCCAGACAUCAGCAUAUUCUAGACAUAAUUACAUUGGCCUAGCUUGGACCAAUAUAACUAUGCAUAUGACCUACAUAGCUGAUGCCAGUGGAAGCUGAAAAUCAUUAAAGUAGAUAAAUACACUCUUGCUUCCAGAUCCCAUGCCGAGCCGCUACCCUACUACAUUAUGAACACAGGAGGUCAGCCACUGGGCAUGGGCUCCAUUCAGAGAACACUUCACAUUUUCUGAAUGGAUGCAAAGCAUGACAUUCCUGUCCUGCCUUUCCACCUUGUCCAAUCUAAGAAAGCUUUGCAUUCAUUUAGAAAACAAAAAGCAUUCUCUGAAUGGCACCUAUGCUGAGUGGCUGACCUCCUGUGUUCACAAUGCAUCAGACUGGCUUCUCGACAUGCAUCCUGGAAGUAGGUGGCGAUCACUGAAGUAGUGGUGUCUACUUGAGUGAUUUCCAGCUUCCACUUGGCACCGGACUGGUAUGUCAGUCAUAUUGGACAAAGCUGGACCAAUGUAACCAUGCAUAACAUACCGGUACCAAGGCCUACAAUUAUUCUUUAAAUCAUAAAAAACAAUAAAUGUAUUUUUAUAUUCAACUAG